AUGCCGGGACUCCUCUCUCUCGUUUCCAGCAGUCUCCUCGUCGUCCAGGCCCUUCUAGCGGCUCAUGGCACCCACGCCCAAUCUGGCUCCUUAGACGCAGCCAAUCCUAUCGUUCCUUUUGUCGACUAUCCUGGUAUGGCAGCGGCGUCGGCUCAAGCGGUUGGCAAGCCCCUUGCCCAUGGCCAGCGCGUCCCCAAGUGCAAGAGCAUCAAGAAGCGCAUCGAAUGGCGCAAGCUGACCUAUGGUCAGAAGAAGGACUACAUGCAGUCUCUCAAGUGUCUCCAGAAGAAGCCAGACUUUGGCAUUUCUCCACAGUACCCAAAUCUCUACGAUGCAUUCGUAUGGGUCCACACGACGAAUUGGACCGACUACCAUCUGAACGCCUGGUUCAUGCCUUGGCAUAGAUGGUUCGUAUGGAUUCAUUCCGAAGCAAUGGAGAAAGUUUGCGGUUACCAUGGGCCAGUUCCCUACUGGAACUAUACCGCCGACUACAAGAACCUCUUGGAGUCGCCGAUCUUCUCCAGCGAUCCAAACAUUGGCUUCGGCUCGCAUGGCCGCACUGCCGUCAACGUUUCGGGUCUUGUCGGCUACAAAGUUGAUAACGGAGCCUUUGCCAACAUGAAGCUCAACAUCCCUGUGAACCAUUAUCUUACUCGGAAUUUCUCGGCAUGGAAAACUCUCGACCCAACUAGGCAGUACGGUAUCGCUCUCGGUGAAUCAUUUUCUCCGGCUGCUGUCACAAGGGCGUUGUCUGCCGACAAGUUUUCCGAUCUUGAAGCGAUAAUCGAAGGCUUCGAUAACCCACUGCACUUUGGAAUCCAUAAUUCACCUCAUUUCUUCAGCAUGGGAGACUGGACCGGACCUGGCUGGAUGAAUAAUACUCAGUGGUUCCCUCAAAUCGCUGUUGCUCCCAAUGAUCCAAUCUUUUGGAUUCAUCACGCGUAUGUGGAUCAAGUGUUCUGGUCGUGGCAGCAAAAGCCCGGCAAGCAAUGGCUUUUCAACGGAAACUUCCCGUGGUUCGAUCCAACGGACAACAGUGCGAAAGCAACGGAUAUUCUGCCUUUCUACGGACUGGGGCCCAAUCCGCCGGUUAACCUUACGCUCAAGACGGAAAAUUGGCCAAUGUGCUACACAUACUAG